GGCCAAUUUUAUCUCUUCCUGCACUCAAGGCACCUCUAUAAAUCAUUCUCCGAAGCACCCAUCGUUCUCCCCCCCGCUUUCCUCCCCUCUCCUCGCUUUCAGGAACUCCUCUCUCCCCUCUAAAUCCCAUCUUGGCCAUCUGCCUCCCUCCUCUCAUCCCCCCACCAAUCUCCCAAAACCUCCAUUUCUCGUUUCCUAUCUCGAAAAUGGACCGACCCAGAUUCGUAAUACCAGCCUCGGAAGCUGAAUCCAUGGCAGAAGAAUCCAACCUCUCCGUUCUCCAGUUCCUACCCUCCCUUGUCAACUCCGCCAAGCGCCUCGCCCGCCCGCCCAUCUCCCACUACCACGUCGGUGCUGUCGGUUUAGGCUCCUCCGGCCGAGUCUUCCUCGGCGUCAACCUUGAGUUCCCCAACCUCCCCCUCCACCACUCCGUCCACGCCGAGCAGUUCCUCCUCACCAAUCUCUCCAUCAAUGCCGAACCCCACCUCCGCUACCUCGCUGUAUCCUCCGCCCCUUGCGGUCACUGCCGCCAGUUCCUCCAAGAGAUCCGUAACGCCCCGAACGUCAACCUCCUCAUCACCUCCGAACCCAAAUCGGAAUCAGACCAAUUCCAACCGUUGUCCAGCUUUCUCUCCCACCGGUUCGGCCCCGAUGACCUGCUGGCCAAAGACGUACCAUUGCUCUUAGAGCCACACCACAACGGGUUAACGUUUCUAAGCGAAACCCAGUUUCCAUCCUGCAAUGGUUUUUGCGAUGGAUAUGGGGAAUUACGAUAUGCGGCUUUGGAGGCCGCGAAUAAGUCCCAUGCGCCGUACAGUGGCUGCCCAUCCGGCGUAGCGCUUAUGGACGGCGAAGGGAAGAUAUACAAAGGGUCUUACACGGAAUCGGCGGCGUAUAAUCCGAGCUUGGGGCCGGUGCAGGCGGCAAUCGUAGCGUACGUUACCGGCGGGGACGGUGGUGGCUAUGACAAGAUUGUCGCGGCGGUGUUGGUGGAGAAGGAAGGAGCUGUUGUGAAGCAAGAGGACACGGCAAGGCUGCUAUUGAAGGCGAUUUCGCCCAAGUGUGGAUUAAAGGUCUUCCAUUGUAGUUCGGCCUAGAAUGAAUGGCUGUAAAAAGUCCUUGUUCUUGAUGUGAAGUCAACUGUAAUUGUUGGACCAUUGAUUUGGUCCUCGAAAGAUUUGAAUUUGAUGCAUGAAUGGAUGAAGGAUGAAGGAUCUCUCUCUCUCUCUCACCUCUGUAAGUUGUAAUUCUAAUAAGAUUGUUAUAGUCAAAGUUUUGGAAUUUA